CCUACUGGGAAAUCAACACACACACACACACACACACACACACACACACAGUUCUCACUUGGUCAUGAAUGUAGCAUAAUAAUAGACUGAAUUGAAUAUGCUAGGCGGUGUUUUAUAUUUGUAAAUACAUACUCUGGACGAAUUACGACAUGAUGGCUGAUCACAGUGUUGGGUUCUGGGGAGGAAGAGUUCCUAGAGAAGUCGUCAGCAUGGCCAAACACUUGAAAGAUCUGGAUAAACAACUCUUCAGACAAAUCCUUAAAGUUGUUGUAAAUGCAUUGGAAGAGAAGGAAUGCAGUGUGUCCAUGGCAGACAUUGCAGAGGAUAAUUCCCUUUCAGAAGAAAAGCUUAGCGACAUUGUUUCAGGAAUGUACGAGCUACUGAAAGAAGCUUUACGUCUACCAUCGUCUUCAGUGAGACAAGAGAGUUUUGAAGAAGAUCUUCGUGAGCUCAGGAUUUCUGAGGAGUUCAUUGCAGACUUUUCCCGCAUCGUCUUCGGAAAUGGGCGACCAGCACUCAAUGCGUCCGUUACGCAGCAUGGCCCAAGAUUACCGAAAUUAGAACAAUUCAGAUGGAGAGUGGAUGUUGCGAUUUCAACGAGUUCCUUGUCUCGAGCUCUUCAGCCGACUGUUCUAAUGCAGUUGAAACUUUCCGAUGGGAAUCUUCACCAAUUUGAGGUUUCCAUGUCUAAGUUCCAGGAUCUGCGGUAUAACGUCGCCCUCAUUCUAAAAGAAAUGAACGACUUGGAGAAACUAAGUGUUCUCAAGAUUCAGGAUUAUCAUGUAAAUUAAAUGACCUGUUAACUGAGCGUAAUAAUGACGGUUAUCGUUUGAUACGACGGUUCGUGUGAUUCAGUUACUGUGUGUUAUCAUGGCAUCGAUGAGAAUAUUAGCAUGAAAAUUGAAGCUUUUGAAAGCGAUGUGUUUGAGCAGAGUGUAGAGAUGAGGAGUUGUUGAGCGGAGCUUGCCGAGCCGUUCUUGCCCACGUGCAAAAUGCUAGCAAGGAUGUGAUGAUUAAACCGUCAAGCGCACACAGCCAUUGAACUGCUCGAAGCUACGGCAUUAAAUUAGUGUAUAUGCUCUGUUUUUUGUUUUAUGUGUAACUUUGUGCCUGUCUGAUGUUUUGUUGUACAGCACAUUGGUCAACAGUGGUUGCUUUUAAUAAUGCUUUAUGAAUAAUAAUUUGAUUGAUUGAUGAAAUUGAAUGAUACCAGCGGAUUCUAAAGGAAAAUGUCAGGACAUCCGUCCGUGAACUGAAUCUGAAGAGAAGGUCGGUCAUGCAGCAAGAUAACGAACCUAAACACACGAGUCGUUCUACCAGAGAACGGUUAAAGAAGAGUAAAGUUAAUGUUUUGGAACGGCCGAGUCAAAGUCCCGACCUUAAACCAAUAGAAACGUUGUGGAAGAACCUGAAGCGAGAGGUUCACGUGAGGAAACACACCAACAUCCCAGAGUCGAAGCUGUUCUGUACUGAGGAACGGGAUAAAACUCCUCGGCGCCGAUGUGCAGAUGAUCGACAGUCACCCCAAACGUUUAUCUCCAGUUAUUACUGCACAAGGCGGUCACACCAGAUACUGAAAGCAAAAGGUUCACAUACUUUUGUCACUCACAGAUAUGUAAUAUUGGAUCAUUUUCCUCAAUAAAUAAAUGACCACGUAUAAUA